CGAUGUUACUUUGCUGCCGUACAUCAUGUCCGCCGCUAUUAUGAAGACGGAGCGAAUGGAUUACAGCAAUAGUCGUAAAGCAAUGUUUCAUUCUGUGCUUGCGACAACCACUUGCUGAUUACCGGUAAUCGGGACAGCGCUGGAAGACUGCGGGCGAGUAGCGAACUGGAAGCAUAACAACAAUAAGAGCUGCGGUUUGCGGCGAGAGUCACUUCAUCUCCUCCGCGCUAUAGACAAGAGAAGAGAUGGACCCAAACAGGAUCAUUCAAGCUCUUAAAGGUACAAUUGAUCCCAACCUGCGGAUAGAUGCAGAAAAUGAACUGAAUCAGUCUUACAAGAUUAUCAACUUUGCGCCUACGUUACUUCAGAUCAUUGUAUCUGAUAAAGUGGAGUUUCCUGUCCGUCAAGCAGCUGCAAUUUACCUAAAAAACAUGGUAAGCCAGUACUGGCAAGAUCGAGAACCGCCACCAGGGGAGGUGAUUUUCCCUUUCAAUAUCCAUGAAAAUGACCGGCAGCAGAUCCGAGAUAACAUAGUUGAAGGCAUCAUCCAAUGCCCUGAAUCGGUCAGGGCUCAGCUAACUGUAUGUCUUCGAGCAAUCAUUAAACAUGACUUUCCAGGACGCUGGACAGCAAUAGUGGACAAGAUUGGUUUCUUCCUUCAGUCUCAGAACACCGCUAGCUGGUAUGGAAGCUUGUUGUCUCUCUAUCAGCUUGUUAAGACUUAUGAAUACAAGAAAGCAGAAGAACGUGACCCUCUUUUAGCUGCAAUGCAAGUCUUUCUUCCCAGAAUCCAACAGCAGAUCAUGCUGCUGCUGCCAGACUCAACAGUGUUUUCCGUACUUGUUCAAAAACAGAUACUCAAAAUUUUCCAUGCUCUCAUUCAGUAUUCCUUACCUUUGAAACUGAUAAGUGGCCAGAUAACCCAGUGGAUGGAGAUCCUGAGAGCUGUGAUUGACAGAGAUGUUCCUCCUGAAACACUAGAAGUGGAUGAAGAUGACAGACCUCAGCUUAUCUGGUGGAAGUGCAAGAAGUGGGCUGUGCGGAUUGUGAGACGUAUGUUUGAGAGAUAUGGAAGCCCAGGGAAUGUCACCAAAGAAUAUUCUGAGUUUGCGGAAUUCUUCUUAAAUACGUACGCUGUUGGAAUUCAGCAGGUGCUUUUGAAGGUUGUGGAUCAGCAUCGCCUAAGGCAGUAUGUGACGCCACACGUGUUGCAGCAAGCCUUUAACUACUUGAACCAAGGAGUUUCUCAUUCUGUCACCUGGAAGCAAAUGAAGCCACAUAUUCAGAGUAUAUGUCAAGAGGUAAUUUUUCCAUUAAUGUGCUAUAAAGAUGAGGACGAGAAGCUAUGGCAAGAGGAUCCUUAUGAAUACAUUCGUUUAAAAUUUAAUAUCUUUGAUGACCACAUUUUUCCAUCUACAUCUGCUCAAAACCUUUUGUGUGCCGCAGCAAAGAAAAGGAAAGAGGUUUUACCGAUAAUGAUGGAAUUUUGUCACCAUAUUCUUGUCGAUCCAAAUACUGACCCACGAAGAAAAGAUGGUGCCCUGCAUGUAAUUGGUUCCUUGGCUGAUGUUCUGCUAAAGAAGAGAAUUUACAAAGAGCAGGUGGAGCUGAUGCUGCAAAAUUACGUCUUUCCUUUGUUAAAUUCCAACUUGGGCUACCUCAGGGCUAGAUCCUGCUGGGUGCUUCACUCAUUUGGCUCUCUGCGAUUCCACAACGAGCUCAAUGUACAAAACGCAGUGGAAUUGGUGAAACAGAAUCUCAUCGUGGACAAGGAGAUGCCUGUUAAAGUAGAGGCAGCUAUUGCCCUACAGACCCUCGUCAGCAAUCAAGACCAAGCAAAGACGUACAUAAAGCCUUUAAUCAAGCCUGUGAUGCAGGAACUCCUACAUGUGAUUAAAGAAACAGAAAAUGAUGACUUGACUAAUGUCAUUCAGAAGAUGAUUUGUGAAUACAGCAAGGAAGUGGCCAUCAUUGCUAUCGAAAUGACACAGAAUCUGGCUGACAUAUUCAACAAAGUUCUUCUGAGUGAUGAGUAUGAGGAGAGUGAAGAUAAAACAGUGAUGGCUUUAGGAAUUCUUAGCACCAUUGAUACCAUCCUCACCGUCAUGGGAGACCACAAAGAGAUAACACAGCAGUUGGAAGGGAUCUGCUUACAGGUCAUUGGUUUGGUGUUGCAGAAACCCAUCAUAGAGUUCUAUGAAGAGGUCCUCUCAUUGGCAUUUGGCUUGACAUGUCAGACAAUUUCUCCUCAGAUGUGGCAGCUCCUUGCUGUUUUAUAUGAAGUCUUUCAACAUGAAUGCUUGGAUUACUUUACAGAUAUGAUGCCGCUUUUACACAACUAUGUGACAGUGGACACAGACAUGCUGCUUUCAAACCCUAAGCAUCUAGAGAUUAUUUACACUAUGUGUAAAAAGGUUUUGACAGGGGACAGUGGGGAAGAUGCAGAAUGUCAUUCUGCCAAGCUAUUAGAAGUCAUAAUCCUUCAAUGUAAGGGGAGAGGCAUUAAUCAGUGUAUCCCUCUGUUUGUGGAAGCUGUCCUGGAGAGAUUAACACGAGGAGUUAAAUCCAACGAGCUUCGAAUAAUGUGUCUGCAGGUUGCCAUUGCUGCUCUUUAUUAUGACCCAGUUCUGCUUAUUGACACACUGGAGAAUAUUCGAUUCCCACAUAGUCCUGAGCCCAUCACAGCCCAGUUUAUUAAUCAGUGGAUGAACGACACUGACUGCUUCCUUGGACUUCAUGACAGAAAAGUCUGUAUUAUUGGAUUGAGUAUCCUGAUGGAAAUGACAAAACGCCCCCCUGCAUUGGAAGCUGUUGCAGCGCAGAUUGUCCCUUCGAUUCUCCUUCUAUUCCUGGGGCUGAAGCAUGUGUAUGCAUCUCGAGUGCUGGCCAAGCAAGACACUUUCACAAAGCAUUCUGAGGUGGAUGAAGAAGAAAAUGUAGAAAUACCUAGUGAUGAAGAUGAGGUGAAUGAAAUUAGGGAGCGGAUACACCAGCAACACACUUCCACUUCAGACCAAGGAGAAGACGAAGAUGAUGAUGAUGACGAUGAUGAUUAUUGGGAUGAAGAUGUAGUCGAGGGGACUAUCCUUGAGGAGUACAGCACAGUGCUAGAUUAUGAGCACAGUGUUAACGUGUAUCAGUUCUUUACAGCCUCACUUCUGAAGGUCCAGAGUACAGACCCUACGUGGUAUCAUUGUUUAACAUCUCCUCUCAGUGACGACCAGAAGAAACAACUUCAGGAGAUCUACUCCAUAAGCACAGCAGAGAAGCUCCAGAGUUAAGAAAUAAGACUGAGCAGCAGAAUGUCUGAAGUCAAAGACGACAAGUGCCAAGAAACCUGAAAGUUUCUGCCGGAUUAAAAAAAUAAAGGAGACGAGGACAGUCUCAUUUGGAAUCUUCUGGCUUACAUGAUGAUUCAGUUUCUUCGGGAAACCUACACAAACUAAAACUGCUGACUUUGGAUGCCAAAUGAAUGCUUGCUGGUUCCUAGAGUUCAUGGCUCCUAUGGCCUGGUUUGAAGUUAUUGAUUUCCUCUGAAUUUUUUUUCCAACCAAACCUAACAAGGGAAAAAAGGAGCAUAUAAAGCCUAGGCACUCACAUCAGAUUUCUGUUCUGGAAGCAUCUCAUGGGUUUCUGUGGGUAUCCGUGCCUUUUGAAGCACAUGCUUUUGCCUGUAAAUUAUUUCUGGAUCACAAACUGUCUACGUAGGUGAUUUUUUUCCUAAAAACAGUUCUAUUUUUAUAUUAUCAUGGCCAUCAUCCCCAUAUUAUGGAAAAGAUGCUGAAUAAAUUGGCUGACACAAUGAAAUAUAUAGGAUUUCUCCAAACAACCACAGUACACAUACCUGGGCACAUAAAGACUUUAUUAUUUAUCAAUGUGCGUGGGUGUGUGUGCGCGUGUGUGUGUGUGUAUAUAUCUAUAAUACACGCAAUAGAUAAACAAAUAUCAGAAUAAUAAAUACAUUCUUUUUUGUGUCCAAAGUAAGUAAUAUUUGCUGAAUCAAUUAGCCAUUAAAAUUCUGAAAACACUGGACAUUGGUUCCUCUUCUUAACUUGUGAGUUUUGAGUAUUAGGAAGAAAUUAGAUAAUUUAUUUGUAUAAGGAAUAAAUCAAGCGCUGCACCAUUGAGACUGUUAGGAGGAGGAAAGAGAAAUGUGUCAGCCUAACUGCCUUUGGUGCCAUAAAGUCUGACUGACCUUGGACAUAGUGUAGUAACCUCUCCAACUCCUGCAUCUGCUGUUUUGUCAGCUGAUCUGCAAUGCCAGUCAUGCACAUGAUGCUGGUGACCUACCGCUAAGAGGCACCAUCUUUGUAUGAGAAGUAUUUUUCUCAAAUAUUUCCUAACUGCCUACCUUAUUUUUAUCUGCUUAUCAUAGUCAUCAGACAUUUCCCAAGGUUCCUUUUUGUUCUUCCUAACUCGUAGCAUCUUUAGUGACAGCAGGCCAGAUACUAGCUGUAUAGACAUGAUGCUCUAAAGCCAGAGUAAGAAACAUGUUUGUUUAAAUAAAUUCAAUAAGUGUU